AUGCUUCAUGUUGAUAUGGUUCGGUGGGCGGUUAGGUGCACUGGUACUGGUUGCAGACAUUAUAUCAUAUAUAGCGUAUCAUAUUAUGUCAUAUUCUAUUUGUUUGUUUGUCAUGGGAAGAAUGCGUUGGAACAGACGAGAUUGGAUGCUAGUGAUGAGACUCUCUGCAAGGUCAUUUUCCAACAACCAAUAUUAGCAAGCCGGGAAGGCGCUGGAGAGGGUUUAGCAAAGACUCAGGGACCGUAUGACAGAUUCUAUUUCUGGCUUGUGUGGAGAAUUCAUGGGUACAUUAAAGUUGGAAAAUGGAAAGUUGUAUGGGAGGAUGUGGAAAGGGGGGUUUUCUUGGGAGAUGUAUAG